AUGAAAUUCAAUUCUGCUCUGUUGCUGCUUGCAUUUGCAGGACCCAUCCUAUUGGACGGAGUCGCUGAAGUUAAAAAACGUGACGCCGUUGCCAAUUCUAACUACCAACAAAAACCAAAAGAGAUACAAGCCAUAUUAAAAACCACACUACAAAUGUGA